GAGGCGUUUUCAACAUGGCUGCUCCACUUUGGUUCUUCAAUCGCCUUGUAUAUGUAGUUUGAAGUAUUGGUUCAUAGGUUUUGGUGCCGGUAUGCAGAAGCAGCCCAUACCACCCGCUAGAGGUCAUAAGCAAAGGAUAGAACACUGUGGCUGGCUGCGUAAGCAAGGUGGCAGAUACAGAAACUUGAGAUCAAGAUGGUUUGAACUGAAAGGAGAUCAGCUGUAUUAUUUCAGAGACAAUAAUGAACCAAAGACACCCAUUGCUUCCAUCCCUUUACCAGGAAAUGAGGUUGUUAGACACCCACCUGAUUCUGGAGAGCCUGGAAAAUUCAAAUUUGAAAUUGUUUCUGGGAAGAACAGAGAAGGGCGACCAGUGUCAAGUAACCAUGAUACGUUUCUCUUGAUUGCAUCUUCACAACAGGAAAUGGAUGAAUGGAUUCAAGCCAUAAAUAGAAUAAUUUAUGCUCCUGUAGGAGGUGGAAUGUUUGGUCGUAGUUUGGCUGAAACUGUCAAGUUUGAAGCCAGGCGUGGAGGAGGAUAUGUCCCUCUCAUAGUUUCCAAAUGUGUAAACUUUAUCAAGACAAAUGGUUUGUUUGAGGAGGGUUUAUUUAGAUUGCCAGGCCAGGCAAAAAAUGUAGCAGAACUGAAGGAUGCCUUUAAUAGAGGAGAGAUUCCAGAGCUGAUGAGCAACAAAGCUGAAGUUCAUUCUGUGGCAUCAGUGCUCAAGUCAUACUUCAGAGAACUCCCUGAACCACUCAUACCUUAUGAUUACUUUGAGGUGUUUUUAACUGCUGCAAGAUGCCACGAAAUGUACGUUGAUGAUGGGAUCACUGCAAUAAAGAAACAACUACAAACUCUUCCACUUCCAAACUAUCAUCUUUUAGCCUAUUUGUGUCGCUUUUUAUUUGAAGUUCAAGAACACUCUGAACAAAACAAAAUGGGUCCAAGGAACCUUGCAAUGGUUUUUGGACCAAAUAUUCUGCGGUCAGGGUCAGAGGAUCCUCGGGUUAUGAUGGAGAGUACAAACUUAGUAACAGAUCUGAUCAGUAUCUUGAUCAGAAAACAUCAGUUGUUUUUCCCCGAAACUGAAGAUGUACAACCCCCUGGACAGCCUACCACAAGCGGCGAUUUGAUUGAUUUUAAUCCUGACUCCCUCCGGACUCAGAAAAGCGUAGACAUCAGCUAUCCUGAUAAUGAAGACGAUAUAUCUGAAGAUCCUCGAAGCCAGGUGCUUGAAUUGGAAAAUGAACUAGAACUUCAGCAGCAGCAGAUUAAGGAUCUUCAAUCAAAACUUGAACAAGAAAGGAAAGUUCGCGAAAUGCUGGUGUUGCGGUUAGCAGAUGAACAAAGAGCGCGAGAGUCUGCUGAGGACCGUCUGGAAAAACUGCAAGCCGCUAUGGAGGAAUUUUGCGCCAAAUAUGGCAGUUGGGAGCCAACUAAUAGUUAGACUUCAUUGUGUUGACAUUAGUCAAUGUAUGUCUCUGAAAUAUCUGUUGUUUCAAAAAGUUUUAUCACUCAGGCCAUGGCUUGCCGUACGCAAUGGACGGUGUAGCAAACGGGAAAGCCACAUACAAAACCCAAGAUGAAGUCGCGUGAAGUUUAGAUGGUUGUCUCCUUCGCAGUCGUAGUGUACUCUCACUCAGCACUCUCUGUGCCCCCCCCCCCCCCCCCCCCGAGGGUGUUGCGCGAUUAAGGAACUGCAUUGAUGUUUAGCGUCAAUGCUUCGUAGAACUUAAUUUAAGUCCUGAGUGAAGUUAGAUUAGUUAGAAAUAUUUCAUUUUAAUGACAAAGAGAUAUUGAUCUGAAAAUCAUCAUAUUGCCUGAUUUAAUUCAGCUGAUCAAUCCUGAAAAUUUCGAGAAACUAGACCGAAUUCGAUAAAUGCAUCGAUAAUCAAAAUCGCUCAGAAUCUCAUUGUGCUAGCUAAAAAGAAAGAUAGAAAGAUAUCUUUUGGGGGAAGAAACUCCUAUUGAUCGCCGUGGUUUAAAAAUGUGAUGGGAAAAAUGAAAUAAGGAAAGGAUACGCGGGAAAAAUGUAUUUUGAGACGGUUUUAAAUUUACUUUUCCUCUGCCUUUUCGUUUUUGAAAAAGAAAUGCAGCCUUUAAUCACUGUGUAUAUCUAUUUUUGUACAAAAAUUCUCAAGCUUAUUUUAUACGAAAGGUUAACCAUCGAUAGGGUUAAUUCCUAAAUGGGGUCAUAUAGAAAUGGUUAAGACUUGUAGGGAAGUUUAUUCGCAAUCUUCAGCAUACUCCGGAAUUCUGAAUUUGUAAUUGCUCCUAUGAACGAACACUUGUUUGUUACACGCGCCUCAAUCUUACACAGUUAAACCUCCACAGGUAAUCAUAGCAAUAUUAGUUCGACUUACAUGAUGAUUAUGGCCCUAAACCCUUGCUGGAAAUUUAGUCGUUCGUAACCCUUGGAAUUAAAAGAGCGUCUAUGUACUGGAAA